AUGGUUGACCGACGAGUGGAUUCAUUGGAACUGAUAGUUAGCCAAAGAUUUCUCACUUAUUAUAAUUUAUCGCUUAAUGAAAACGAUUUGUGCCUUAAAUUUAUCAAUAAAUGUCCGGAAGUGAAGAAACUGACGAUCGGUGUGAAGACCAAUGAUCUGUACGAACGGAUCAAUACUGAUGUCUGGUCUCAAAGAGUAUUAGAGUUGAUACGAAAAGACAUUUUACUUAAAGAACAAAUCAAAUACUCGUCUGAAAUACAGAUAUCACUCAUUCAAUCGCCAGAAUAUUCUGCAAACCAUGACUUCUCAACACUACUAAAGACUUAUUUUAAUAAAAGUCGUUAUAUUGUGAAGAAUGAUGUGAUUGGCAUUUGUAGUGAAGACGACCCCUUAUAUCAAACCAAACUGAAGAGUUUAUCACACAAUGAAUGGCCUGUUAUUUAUUUUCGGGUCAAUUCUCUCGAAGGGAACGGAUGUUUAAUUGAUUCAAAUCAUUCAAAUUUAUACCAAACGGGAAGCACUCACAGCUAUAUUCCGGCAACUCUUGGCUCAUAUUAUAGAACAAAUGUUAUGCAAUUUGAAGAUAAUCCUAAUCCCUGUGGAUUAGAAUCUUACAUAAGAAGCCUAUCGGAAAUAGUAGCGCCUUAUUUGAUGCCCAAUAAUACAUCAAUCGGAACCGUUAUGAUUGAAGGACCCAUCGGUUGUGGGAAGAAGACUAUUGUGAGAGCAAUGUGUAAGAACUGGAAUUUACAUCUCUAUCACAUCAACACUAAUGACAUUUUAGGUGACAGUGCAGUCCUAACUGAGACCAAGAUUAAGACAAGUCUCUCCAAAGCAGCCUUUUAUACACCAACUGUUGUCUUGAUAUCAAAUAUUAAUAUUUUGUCUAAUAAUGAAUUGAACGACGACUCGAGAAUUGCAAAGAUAUUCAGUCAAACAUUAUUUGAAAUGAAUGACAAGAAUUGUGAAUAUCCUUUAGUAGUGAUUGCAACCAAUUCUGAGCCAAAAAUGUUUGCUAAUAAUGAAUUGAAUUCACUGUUUAUUCAUUCGCUAGAAAUUGAUUGUCUGGAUAUCGAGGAGAGAGAAAAUAUAAUUAGAUCACUGAUCGGACAAAUAGCCACCAGUGAUGUCAACUUCAAAGAGUUGGCUCAAAGAAGCGCCGCUUUCUAUUUAUCUGAUUUAAAGGCUUUGGUGUUAAACGCUAUUAAAUAUGCGUUUGAUUUAUUACGUGAUGAUAGUAAUGGUGUGAUCGAAGAAAGUGAUUUAACUCUCGCCGGAGUUGUCCUCUGCAAUGACCACCUCAUGAAAGCGUUGAUUGAUUUGCAGAAAAUGCAUUUCGAAUCAAUCGGUUCUCCAAAUAUACCAAAUGUCAAGUGGGAAGACAUUGGAGGCCACGAAACCAUUAAGUCGGAAAUCUUAGAUACCAUUCAAUUGCCACUCGAAUGCCCGCAACUUAUAUCCCUUGGUUUCAAACGGUCCGGAGUUUUACUGUACGGCCCGCCCGGCACUGGCAAAACACUAUUAGCCAAAGCAGCGGCCGCUCAGUGUUCACUCAACUUCUUGAGCGUUAAGGGACCGGAACUGAUCAAUAUGUUUGUCGGACAGAGUGAGGAGAAUGUUCGCAAUAUAUUCAUUAAGGCACGAAAGUGUGCGCCUUCUGUCAUAUUCUUUGAUGAAUUGGAUUCAUUGGCGCCCAACAGAGGCCAUAGCGGAGACUCGGGAGGAGUUAUGGAUAGAGUUGUGUCCCAAUUGUUGGCAGAAAUGGAUGGAAUAAAUAAAUCAAAUGAAGUGUUUGUGAUCGGAGCCACAAAUCGAGUGGAUCUGUUGGACAGCGCGCUUCUAAGGCCGGGCAGAUUCGACCGCCUUUUGUACGUCGGGAUUGCAGACGAUUCCCAAUCGAGACUUAAAAUAUUGAAAGCUUUGACCCGAAAAUUUCACUUCGAUUCUGAUGUGGAUUUAGAAAGGAUUGAGAGUUUGUGUCCGUCGGGUCUGUCCGGCGCCGACCUGUACUCCAUUUGCUCGAACGCAUUGACGAAAGCAAUUGAGAGGAAUAUUAAACAAUUAAAUGAUAAGACGAUAACAGAGGAUGAGAUAAAUCACAUUGAAGUACAAAUGUCUGACUUUAUGUCUGUAUUAGACAAAACAUAUGGGAAGUGA